AAAAGACAGGAGGCUGCUUCUCUUUCUGCCUCCGGAUUGCCUGUCCUCGGGAUUUUAAGGAUGAGCUUCCCGGGUGAGAAGGUCCCUACCCAGCUCCCUUCUGUCCAAGAGCCCAGAGCAAGGAGCUGCUAAUCUCCCAUCUCCAAGGGGCCCUGGGCUGCUGAGAGACAUGAUUUAAAGUGCCACCGCAAACCCAAAAUGGGCCCUGUCCCAGGCUGUAACUGCUGUCUUUGGGAAGCAAACAGAUUCUACAGGCACCGUCUGAGCCAGGAACUGCAGAACUGCCUGUUCCGAGACCUGCUGUGAUCCCAGACAGAACAAGGAGAAGAGCUGCAGGUCCGAUAUGCAAGGCCGUGAGGCGAUCGUGAGCAGUGCCCACGCAGGUGAGGAGUAAGCAGCUUGCCCAGUGAACGGAGAAUUGUGGAAUUCCACCCAAGCAGUUGCAAGACCCCGCCCUUCUGUCAUCCCGCCUCCUUCACUGCAGUACCCAUAUCCUAGACAUUCAGGGCUUCCCACCCGUCCAAACUGAUAUGAAAUAGGGGUCCUUCCCCUUGCCCAUCCUUUAUCUGUGGCUCAGCAGGUGAUGGGAUGCCGAGAAAGAAUGAGGAGCAGAAGCCCCUGCAUGAAGCCCCUGAGGUGGUGGAGCCUCCCGUGACUUUACCCACGAGAUCCCAGAGCCCCAAGUGGGGAGGAGCCCGUGAGACUCGGUGCAGAUCAGAAAAGCGGCGGAGGAACCAGCUGGCGCAGAGCCGGGGUAAAUCUGCUCAGGUGGGCGAUGGCCUCACCCACCAGGAGAGACCGAAUACGUGCACGGACUGCGGGAAGAGCUUCAACAAGAGCUCGUCUCUGAUUAUCCAUCAGAGAACCCACACAGGGGAGCGGCCCUAUGCCUGCCCCGAGUGCGGGAAACGCUUCACCCAGAGCUCCACCUUCCUGCGGCACCAGCGGAUCCACACUGGCGAGCGGCCCUACGACUGCGCCGAGUGCGGAAAGAGCUUCCGGGUGAGCUCCCACCUGGUCCGGCACCAGCGGAUCCACACGGGGGAGCGGCCUUACGUGUGCACUGAAUGCGGGCGGAGCUUCAGCGUCAGCUCCCACCUGGUGCAGCACCAGCGGACGCACACGGGCGAGCGGCCCUACCGCUGCGCCUGCGGGAAGAGCUUCAGCCUGAGCUCCCACCUCAUGCAGCACUGGACCAUCCACACGGGCGAGCGGCCCUACCAGUGCGCCCAGUGUGGGCGGAGCUUCUCCAUGAGCUCCGCCCUCAUCAGGCACCAGAGACUCCAUGCGGCGGACGCGCCCCGCCAGUGUGCCCAGUGCGGGAAAAGCUUCAGCCGCGGCUCGGAGCUGAGCGAGCACCAGAAGAUCCACACCGGGGAGCGGCAGCACGAGUGCGCCCAGUGCGGGAGGAGCUUCGGCGCAAGGUCCAAUCUCCUCCAGCAUCAGCGAACCCACGCGGGCGAGAGGCCCUACACCUGUGCCCACUGUGGGCGGAGCUUCAGCCGGAGCUCAAACCUUAUUACACACCAGAGAAUCCACACAGGCUGAGAGCCUGGCCCAUGUGAAAACCAUGGGCCGACAGUUACAGGCCACAUCCCAACCAAGACACGGUCAUCUCCUCCUUUGGGGGCAUGUGGAGCUCUGUCCCACUCAUGUGCUGCUCUUGGGAUGCAGUGGGGUGAGAAGACAAUGAGGAGAUGUUGUGGGAAAGGGAUUGGCUGAAGUGGGUGGUGUUGGUGAGUCAUGAUGGGUCACUUGCUGGAGGAUUCUCUGCAGCUCGAGGUCUUCAAACCACGAUUUGAGGACUUCAGUAACUCAGACAUAGGUUAGGGGUUUAUUCCAGGAGGGGUUUAUUCCAGGAGUGGGUGGGUGAGAUUCUGUGGCCUGCAUUGUGCAGGAGGUCGGACUAGAUGAUCAUAACGGUCCCUUCUGACCUUAAAGUCUAUGAGUUUGAGUUGGGUGAGUGAAUGGAGCAGGGUUCCCAGGUAACUCUGGGCCUGUUUGAAUAUCAGUGAAUUUGCAUACUUACAUUCUCUUUUUUUUCCUUUUUAUUAGCUGGCAAAUCUUUUUUUCAUUUGGGUUGCCUGGGGAAUCCUGAGCCGUGCAUGUCUUGGCCUUGGGCAGGGAGUGAGCUGGUCAAAGAAGGGUGUUCUGAGAUGCCCUCCAAUUAAGGAAAGUUUGGAGUGUUAAAAGGAGUGGACAAGUAAACACAUCAGAGACUAAAUGCAUGUGAAACCGGGUAAUCUAAAUGGCAGAGCUGGUUGAAAACCAACAAACUGAUUUUCCGGGGCGGGGGGAGUCAAAUCUAACACCAGGACCGCUGUAUUGAUGGUGGUGUUCAUUUUCAUACCAAAAUCAUUAAAAGCCUCCAUUCUUCAUUUAAAUGAAAUUGCCACCAAAUUUCUACUCUGCUGCAACAGAGCACUGCAGAAUCCAGACUUUGCUGCAAGAUUUAGGUUCAGCUGCUGCAGGGACUUGGAUAGACAUAUCUAUAUAGGAGUUUGGCUGUACAGCCAAUGUCAAAUUAAAAUGGCCAAAUUAAAGAAAAACCCUCCCAUUUCUCUCUUGGGGUCACUGUUGCACGCAGUUAAUACCAUGCAGACUGCAUACUAACAUAUACAGUCUCACUGACGUCAGCGUGACUGCAGACACUAGUAGGUACUAGGCUUGAUAAGCAUUGGCAUGACUGGGCCCUUAUUUGGUAUGUUUCCCUUGUGCUUGUACAGAAUGCGUGUUCUCCAUCCGGUUUCAUGUGACAGUGUUUCCAAAAGUUAAUAAUGUAUUUGACCAUCGAAAACUCAACAUAAAUAAAUUGUACUGUAUAGUAGUGGUGAUACAUAUCAAAGUGGGCGUGAAAGGUUGGGUGCUUCAUAUCCUGUGAUUAUAGAUGCUGCUCCGAAAAUUGAUGAAAUUGGGACAUUCCCAUAACACGAAUAAGGACAUCUGUGAAUUAUGCACCUUUUACCGAGCAGGAACUGAACCGACUGUAUGCAGCACAAUAAAGAAAAAGAAGCCCACGGCUCUGUGAUGCUGCUGGUGUCUGGGCCUUCACUUUGCUCGCUAAAGAAAACAGCACGCUCUCUCCCCCAGGUUCUGCCGCACUCUGCCAAAGGAGUUAGCAGGGGUUUCCUGAGCCUGCUCCAGGGCUGGUAUACCAAAGCUGAGUUAAUCUCCACCCUGACCCUGUUUGGAACUAAUUAGCGAGAAGGUAAAAUAAGCAAAGAAACAGAAUGGGAUGAAAAGACACAUUAGAAAGGGGAAGCAGGCUUUAAAAUAUGUAGAUUGUAGGGAUCGGGGCCCUCUUUUUUGGUCUGUGUCUGUCCAGUGCCCAGCACAAUGGGCCGUGUCUGUGACUGGAGGUCCUUGGUGCAACUACCAUACAAAUAAUAAAAGCUUGAAAAACACCUAAA